AUGGAGGGGAGCCGCACUCACCAAGUUCCCCACGGGGCUGCUGAGGGUCCUGAGGAUGAUGCUGGGAGAGGGAGGCCCGAGCCUGCCCCCACCUCCUGGGACGGGCACGAGGAUACCUCCGAGAGGGUGUCUCUCUCUUCCUUGCCAGCGUUAGACUUGAGUGAGAGUGGCCUGCAGCACCUGGGAGAGGUCCUCAGAGUGCCCAUGCUGAAACAACUGUAUCUUCAGAGGAACUCCCUCUGCACGGUUCCUAAAGACUUCUUCCAGCUGCUGCCGAACCUGACGUGGCUAGACCUCCGCUUCAAUAGGAUUAAAGCUCUUCCCUCGGGGAUCGGGUCACACAAGCAUUUGAAAACUUUGCUUUUAGAAAGAAAUCCUAUCAAAAUGUUACCUGUGGAGCUGGGGAAUGUAAGUUCACUGAAAGCCCUGAACUUAAGACAUUGCCCUCUGGAAUUCCCUCCUCAACUCAUUGUGCAGAAAGGAUUGGUAGCUAUUCUGUCCUUCCUGCGCAUCUGUGCAGUAGAGAACUCCUUCCCCAGAGAUUUUACUUCUAAAGGUUUCCAGCCUGUGCAGGAGCUCUCCACAGUUAGAAUGGUACAUGGGCCUCCACAGUCCCAUGAAGGGCAUGUGUCUGACAAGGAAACCGUCAGUCCCCACGAGCCAAGGGUGACGCUCUUCAAAGAAAAGGCCAAGUUCUUCCCACCUGUUGAAAAGCUGGACUUGAGUGAACUGAGAAAGUCCAGUGACUCUCCAGAAGACUGGCCGAGUGAGGAAGAAAUCCGACGCUUCUGGAAACUGAGGCAGGAGAUUGUGGAACAUGAGAAGGCCGAGGUCCUGGCCACGCAGCUACUGCCCAGGGCGCUACCGCCCAACCUCCAGGCUGUACUGCAGUCCAAGAGGAAGGAACACCCUCCCUGCAGGCACACUUUCAGAAGGAAGACUUCCUCCUUCCCAACCACCCUGCCUGACCUCUCAUCAUCGUUUGGAAUCGGAAUCCGAGGAAAACGGGCUGAGGAGAGUCGCGUGGCGGCCCUCCGAGAGCUCCGGGAGAAGCAGGCCCUGCUGGAACAGCGGAGGAGAGACAGGCAGAUACUGGAGAAGUGGAGGGAGCAGGCCUUGGAGAUGCAGAGGAAGAAGGGUGCCUUCAGCAGAACCUUGCCUCCCAGGAGGACUCUGGUAGCAUCAAAGAUUCCCUUUGCCACGGAUCUCGAUGAUGAUGAGAAAACACCAGUGAGACCUGGAAACAGGAGACACAGCAAAGAGAAGCCGUCACGAGCAAAUAAAGCUCUGAGGGUCUCCCAGGAAGGGCAGCUGGAGGAGGCGGUCAAGCGGCAUGUGCAGCAGAUCCACGAGAGAAGGAGGCGCCUUGGAGGGGCAGCCCCGUUGGAGGAGCUGCAGGCGGCCAUGCAGGACCUGGAGGUGGCCAGAAAGCUCCAGGAUGAAGUAACAGCACUCAGAGCAGGGCUGAACCUGAGCAAAGACCACCAGUCUGCAGCUCUUGCUGCAAACCUUCCUCUUCACUCCCCCACAUCACAGCCUCAGAAUAGAUUUUUUUAA